CGCCUGCGCGCAGCCGGCCGCCCAGCCGAUCCUGCGGGGCGGUGCGGGCUCUGGCUGACGCGCCGGCGGCCGCGGCUCCUCUCGGUUUCACCACCAGCCGGGGCUCGGGCCGGGGCCCGGGCCCCCGGGACAUGACUUCCCGGAGUGCGCAGGGCGACAGCCCCACCUCCAGUCUCCCGGACAGAGGCGCGGAGACGGCAGGCUUUAACGGGAAAAGGAAGAAGAAAGUGGCAGAGAUAUACCAGGCUCUGAACAGCGAUCCCACUGACGUCGCUGCCCUCAGACGCAUGGCCAUCAGCGAAGGGGGGCUCCUGACUGACGAGAUCAGGCGAGAAGUGUGGCCCAAGCUCCUCAACGUCAGCACCAGCGACCCACCUCCUAUAUCAAGGAAAAGCCUACGAGAGAGCAAGGACUACCAGCAAGUGCUUCUGGACGUCCGGCGGUCAUUGCGGCGCUUUCCUCCUGGCAUGCCAGAAGAACAGAGAGAAGGGCUCCAGGAAGAACUGAUCGACAUCAUCCUCUUCAUCUUGGAGAGCAACCCUCAGCUGCAUUACUACCAGGGCUACCAUGACAUCGUGGUCACGUUUCUGCUGGUUGUAGGAGAGAGGCUGGCAGUGUCGCUGGUAGAAAAAUUAUCUACUCACCACCUCAGGGACUUCAUGGACCGGACAAUGGACAACACCAAACACAUACUAAACUAUCUGAUGCCCAUCAUCGACCGGGUGAACCCCGAACUCCACGACUUCAUGCAGAGUGCCGAGGUGGGGACCAUCUUUGCCCUCAGCUGGCUCAUCACCUGGUUUGGGCACGUGCUGUCUGACUUCCGGCACGUCGUGCGGUUAUACGACUUCUUCCUGGCCUGCCACCCUCUGAUGCCCAUUUACUUCGCCGCCGUGAUCGUGUUGUAUCGAGAGCAGGAAGUCCUGGACUGUGACUGUGACAUGGCCUCCGUCCACCACCUGUUGUCCCAGAUCCCUCAGGACCUGCCCUAUGAGACGCUGAUCAGCAGAGCCGGAGACCUCUUUGUUCAGUUUCCCCCAUCUGAACUCGCGCGGGAAGCAGCGGCCCAGCAGCAGGCAGAGAAAACGGCAGCCUCUACCUUCAAAGACUUUGAGCUGGCGUCAGCCCAGCAGAGGCCUGACAUGGUGCUGCGGCAGCGCUUUCGGGGACUUCUGCAGACCGAGGAGAGAACGAAGGACGUCCUGACCAAACCAAGGACCAACCGCUUUGUGAAGCUGGCGGUGAUGGGGCUGACAGUGGCGCUCGGCGCGGCCGCGCUGGCCGUGGUGAAGAGCGCCCUGGAGUGGGCCCCGAAGUUCCAGCUGCAGCUGUUCCCCUAGAGGCCGGGGAAGGUGCUUCCUCCGGCGUUACUCCAAGGCCUCGCCCUUCCGCGGAAGGGUGGGAAUGGGUGGAAUGUCCUUUAUUAAAAGGGUUUCUGUCAAGGGUUUUCUAUUCCUACCAGCCUUCCCGGCCUGUCCAUGGUUUGCCUUCGCCUCAGAGGCCAGGAACAGAGCCUGUCUGACCCUGGGCACAGGCCCGGGUGUAGAGCUCUUCCCCUCACAGUGGGCUUCCGAGUGGGCUCUCCGCUGCCGCCUCUUGUGUUGGAGGAAGUGGUUUGUUUGUUUUUUUAAGCUCCCAACUGCCUUUGGAACCUACUAGGCCUGGUCACUGGGGACCCUUUUGGCUGCCUAGUAGUAAGAUGGAACACUGAAUGCCCGCCUCAAAGCUCCUCCUGUCCUGUCUGCUCUGGCCGGACGAAGAGGGAAGGAGCCACUGCCAAAGAACUCGGACAGCGGCACGAAGGCGAGGGGCAGAGCAGGUCAGCCCAGGAACAAGAUCCGCCCUUCUUAGGAGCCGCUCCGUCAGCUGGUCAGAAAUCAAAGGGACACGUGGGAACUAGGUUACUGGGUGAAGCCUGCUGCUUUUCAGCCUAGAGGUCACAGGUACUGUAAAUCAAGUGAGAAGAAAUGUUGAAUACCAGGGCCCAGACGUAGACUGGCUUUACCUGCCCUUUUUUUCUGCCUGUUCUCUUCCACAAGCCACAUGAAGUUGCUUAUAGAAGACAGUUUUUAAAAAUAUUUUAUUUAUAUAUUUUUAGAGAGAGAGGAAGGGAAGAAGAAAGACAGGGAAACAUCAAUGUGUGGUAGCCUCUCGCACACCCCCUACUGGGGACCUGGCCUGCAACCCAGGCAUGUGCCCUGACUGGGAAUCGAACCCUCGACCCUUUGGUUUGCAGUCGGGCGCUCAAUCCACUCAGCCACACCAGCCAAGGCAUAAGACACUUUGAUUGCUAUUUUUAGAAUUAUGUAACACCCAUCACAUAAAGCACCCUCACUUUAAAAAUAAUAGUUCCUGGAAAAAAUUAGUUCUCAUCGGAAGGAUGAGCUUCAAAGACCCUGCAGUUUCGUUGUUACUCAAUUAUUUAACGUUUCACUUCAGCCAGAGUGGCUGUUUGUAAACAGCUCCGCACUUCCAGAGCGCCCAUUCGUGUCUGCCUUUGCUGUUUGCUUCCGGUCGCCGUCUGUUCCCAAAUAGGCACCCAUUCACUACCUUGGCUUCGUUUUGGGGCUUAUCUUCCUAACUGCUGGUCUCUCCUUCCUGGUUGGGAGUGCCAGUGGAAACGUUCAGCACCCAGAAGGGGACAGACCGCAGCCUGAAGAGUGUGGUCAGGGCCGGCCACAGCCGGUUCCCUGCACCAUGCCGCCUGGGGGCCCUUCCGGCCCAGGGAACAAGAUGGGUCAUUCAGUCCUUCUGGGACAGCUUUUCCUGUAAGUGAAGCCAGGUUUGUUUUAGAUUAAUUCUGGCUUGAAAAAAAAAGUGCCUUUUGCUUCUUCAAAGAAUUGGGGUUGUAUAGUACGAAGCAGCCAUGUACUUUCAUUUUCCUGGUCUCUCUCUGGCACUGCUCCGUCUUGACAAGUGUUUCAAUGUGAACGUGCCAGAAGCACUCCGCCCACCACACCCAGACCCCCACGUCCUUCCCGCUUGCUCUCCAUGUGCCGAGCGGAGGGCGUUCAGUGUGCCAGGCAGUGGGGAAGCCCAGGGAGGUUAGGAGAGGCGUCUACACUAAGUCACACUCGGCACUUUACAACAAGACGAGCUCUCGGUGAAGGGUCUGCGGCAGGGGUCCCACCUGGGGUGGGCGUGAUGUGGAUGGGUUCAUCUGGGAAGUGGCAGAUACGUGGUGACAAAGGUGGUUCUUUCAGGGUCCAGAGCUGACGAUGUGACAGGUGUCCCCAGGCUUCUCCCUCAGCCAGUCUGUCCUCUGUCGCACACGGACAGCCGCAUUGCCCCCCGCUGCCGCGGCACCAAGCCGUGUGUGAACCAACAUCGAAGGGGUUGGUGGGGGGUGGGGAGGAGAGCACGUGGCCAGGGUCCCGGGGCCACAGCCCUUCGGAGCCCGGGAAGCAGGUGGCAUUUGCUUCUGUUGUGACCUAAGAAGGAGCAAGUUCAUCCGUUUUAUAGCUUUGCUGACAUCAGGAUUCGCCCCAUCGGUGAGAAGAAAACAAUCUUUUUACCUUCAGGUGGUUUACUGUUCUGUAAAGAAUAUGUGUAAAUAUUUUGUACAGAGCCCUAUAUGAAAUACACAGCCAUAUGUGGUUACUAA